UCAUGAUAGCCUCAAUCCACUCCAAUUUCUCUUUCGCCAAAUCGAGAAAUGACAGAGAUCCUCAGUCUCUACUCUCGAAAAGUCUCUUAACAGUAAACUCUCAUAACCGGUUGCAGCGGUCGACUCCGACCACCUCAGCGGUCGCUACGAGGUGUUUUGUGAGGUGCUAAGCAUAAGAUCGUCCUCGGCGGUAUUCUUAGGCCUUUUUUGGACUUUCACUACGCGUCCUCGGAAGUUAUUUUCCUCGGCUUGGGUCUUGGGCCCUACUGUGAAGUGGGCUGGGACCGCAAAUAGGAAAUGAAAAUUAUUCACUUUGCCUUUCAGGAAAUGAAAAUUGUUCACUUUGCCUUUCGCUCCUGUCACAAUGGCUUAUUGCGGAGAUUUCAGCGACCACAUAUAGUUCGAAUUCUCUCUACAAAUGCAACUGCAGGGAGUGGUGUUGGUGAUAAGCAAACUGACUCAAUAGAGUCUGCUGACGAGUUUGAGCGUCAGAUAUUUGGUGACUUUUCUGGGGGUAAUUUGAAGUCUGAUGCCUUUUUUGAAAAGCUUGAUAGACUUGGGAAGGCUCGUGACAGGUCAGGUUCUAGAAUGGGCGAAGGAAGUAAUUCCCAGAUUUUAGAUGGCCUAGAUGAAAGUUUUAAUACAUUAUCGGAUGGAAUGGAUGGGAAGUUGAAGAAAGCAGCCACGUAUUUUGAAUUUGAUGAGCAAGAAAUAGAGAAAGAUGAUUAUUCAUUUAGACCAGAUAUGAAUUUUAGGCUCGGAAUGACUUAUGAGACAAAGGACCUUGAUCUUACGAAGCCAGGAGUAAGGAAACCCUUCAAAAGGACUGAGUUUGAAGUUACCACGGAGGAGGUUUUGAGAAAGGCUGACUUUAGGAAUGUCAGAUUCCUUGCAAACUUCAUAACAGAGGCCGGAAUCAUUAUCAAGAGGAGCAAGACUUGCAUUAGUGCCAAGGCCCAGAGGAAGGUUGCUAGGUAGAUCAAAACAGCCCGAGCUUUUGGUUUAAUGCCUUUCACAACAAUGGGGACAAAAUCGUUUGUUUUUGGAAAAACAAUGGAAGCUCGUGAUGAGGAUUUUGAAUAUGAAACUUAUGAUAGUCGUAUCAGUGCUGAUGCAGAUGCUAAAGACCCUCUUUGAGCCUAGGCUAUGAGGUGAAUGUUAACUCUCUACACUCUUUUUGGCAAUGCCACAAUUGACACCUUUUUUUGGGGGGGCAGGGGGGUUGUUGGGGAAGAAAAAUAGAAGAAAGUAAGGGAAAAGAUAUCUUGACAAUUUGUUGUGUUGAAAUUCUAGUGUAUCCUUUAAUGCAGUCAUCUAGUUGGCGUGUUGUGUAUCAAAAAUUUUAUUGGUACAGACAAACUACAAUAAUAACAUAAUCAUUAGCCUGGUCAACUCUUGGCUGUAAGGAUACAUCAUUUUGAGAAAAUGAACCUCAUUGAUGGCUAAAAUUCAGAUGUCCAAUUUGACAUGCUGUAUAUUCACUGCAGUAGCAAUUAUUCUCAUUGGCUCAA